GCGACGAUGGCCAAACAUCCAGGUUAUGAACCUCUCACACAGGAAUUAUCUUCCCUUCUCACAGGCUCUCCCCCACCCUUCAUCUAUGUCCAUGAUCCAAUUUCUUCAGGGACAACGGCCGGCGUCAUCAGCUCUGUUCUGAAAACUUGUGCAUCCGCGCCGACUCCUCUUGAUUUCGCCCACGUGAACGCGGUAGCAUGCUUCCAGCCUCGGAUUCUCUAUGACACCGUCCUUAAUCAACUCGCAAAGUGGCAACCCCGAUGGUCCGAUGGGUGUGUGGUUUGGGGUGGUGAAGAGGGCGAACGAUGGAAUCAGAACAUAGAUGGGUUUUUGCAUGGGCUGAAGGCUGUGAACGACCAUCUCAAAAAAACAAACAAAGUGGAUGGCCAACUGGUCAUAUUUAUCGAGAAAGCUGAGCGGUUGCAAGACAAUAUCCCAGAGCUUAUCGUUCCACUUGCUCGUUUAGCUGAGUUGAGUCGCCUUAAUCUCAGCGUUAUCUUGCUGUCGGAUGUUUCCUGGGAAGAGUUCCGACCGCCUUUCGGUGGGUCUCCAGAUCCGUACUUUAUGGAUGUGGCCCCGCUAGACAAAAAAGCGCAUGUGGCAAGACUCAAUUCUGUGUUUGAUAAACUAUGCGCUAAGAGCAGCCACACAAAUGUCCCGACCAUCUAUCAUCCCAGCUUACGGAACCUUUACAACAACUUCGCAGAGAUUGUUGUGGACACAUGCUAUGUCUAUGUUCAAGACCCCGCCGAAAUCCAAUAUGUCGCUGCCGCCCGAUGGCCUGGAUUCGCCCAGCCCGUUCUCGAUGCACACAACGAUUCGGAGGAUCCCGACACGCCUCUCGAGCCUCCAUCCGAAUAUGUCCGGAUGCGACUAAUUCGACUUUUCAAGCCAAGUUUCAAGGCAGCGCUGGAAACACUCUACCCGCGCCAUGACCAUGCGCUCAAUUGGGCUGCGUCCCAUGCGCCUGAACCCAAUUUGUUGUCAAAACCACCCUCCGAAACCAAGCCGCUUAGUGGAGAGUCCUCUAAAUCGCCAAACGACGACCACAUGGCGGACCUUCCUCGAAUGGCCAAAUUCCUCCUCAUCGCAGCCUAUCUAGCAUCGACCAAUCCGCAAAUGUCCGAUCUCCGUAUGUUCGGUCGGGGCUUGGACGAGAAAAAACGCAAACGCCGCAUUAAUCGAGCUGCGCCCAAGUCAGGCAUUGCAAAGCUUCCGCAACGAGUUCUUGGACCAAAUAUAUUUCCAGUCGAAAGACUACUUGCGAUUUUGGGCGCUCUUCUUGAGGAAAACGAUGCGGAUCGGCGACCAGAAAUGCCGCAGUAUACCAUUCCUGGUGAAUACACCGAUAUGGAAACCUCGCGAGUUAACGUUUUCACUACGAUUGUUGAACUUGCUGACUCAGGACUCCUCCAACGAGCCUCGUCCACCGACAAACUGGAUGGUGCCACGUUCAAAUGCGGAAUAACCUACGACACCGCAGCCGAGCUAUCAUCACAACUCGACGUGCCCCUCAACGACUUGCUUUGGGAUCCCGCAUGA